AUGAUUUUGAGAUAUGCAACCGGGUACAUCUCCAAAUUUUCGCAAUUGUGGAGUCUAGAAGGGCAACUCGACAAGCGCGAUAUCGCGCACAGCAUCCUGUGGCAGUACCAUCCACUUGAGAUGGAAAUGGUCCUUCAGCUCGCAAGCCACAUCCUGCCCCAGUGCAAUCACACAGGCCACAUUCGUCGUUUCGUGGUGCCGGUGCCGUGGAGCAGCGGCCGAUUACCACGGGAAAUUGAACUGUACGAGAAGAGCACGUGGCGAGCAGACACUGUGCCAUUGUUGGAAUUCUUGCGUCGAAGCAAUGCCAAGGGUGAGAUUAGCUGGGAUAUUCGCCGGAGAUAUGAAGACGAGAAGCCGAGUUGUUCUCUGAACGAGUUUGCCAACAAGUGCUCGACGCAAGGGAACACCAUGGUUGCAACAGUUCUUUAUGCUCGGAGCAACGACAACUUCUUCAAGCAAUGGUUGUUGCUGAACGUACCCUUUCGAAGCUUAGAUAAUCUCUGGCAUCCCACUGUGGACGAAAUCCCUGAGGACCUGCAAGGCCUGGCCUUGUGUCUGCACCACUGUCCAAGGUAUUGGCAGUCCAUGCCUGCCAUACGACAAGAAAUGGAAGCAGAAGCUUGGAAAGAUUACCACAUUGAGAACGUGAUCUCCAGUGUGAAGGCAAAAACAGAGACCAUUGCAGAGAUAAGAACCGGAAAUUAUAAGCCACCGAUCGAAAGCAGCCGUGAGAAGCAUGUGGCCGCUGUACCCAACGAGAGCGAGUUGUCCGUUGAACAGCAACAUAUGGUGCAAGCUAUUUCAGACAGAGUGACGAAGGCCGCGGAGAGACGAUGCGGCGGAACGGUCGCAGCUGAUCAGUGGAAUGAGCACGUGCGACGGGAAAACGACGAUCGCGCGAUCUGUUGUCUCGGAGCAGCCGGUACAGGCAAAAGUGUUGCAGUCAAAACAGUCAUUACGAAAGUGCAAGACCGGGCAAACGUGGCCAUUGCGUGUCCAACAGGUUUGCUGGCAGCGAGUUACCGACGGUCAUUUACAGGAGCCCACAUCGACACAGUGCACGGUUUUUUCGCACUCCAUGUCGAAGAGCAUUUGACGGUGGACUUGCUCGCAGACUAUGAUUUGGUGGUUGUGGAGGAGAUUGGCCAGUUAACAAGAACACAGUUCGAGAGAAUUAUGCGACUGUGGUUGGCAGCAGACCAGCGACCGUGCCUCGUUUUCCUGGGUGAUUUCAAGCAAUUGCCGUCUAUAGAUAACACCAACGCCAAAAGCAGUUCUUUGUGCAAUUACAUUAGAUGGGUUGAAUUGCGUCAGGUGCAGCGCAACACAUGUCCGGAGUUGCGUCGCAAGUUGGCUCUGCUGCGCGACUGCCAGCCGACGGAGGCCCAGCUGCAAGCAAUACUACGCGGACACUCCGUCAGCAACGGGGAUCGCCCAACCCGCGAAGAAGUGGCGGGAGUUCUGGAAGGGCAGCGCGAGGUUACAAUGGUAACGUUCACUCGCAGAGCUGCUGAAGAGCUCAACCAGAUGGCAGUCCAAAUCCAAUUUGGAGACCAUGAGCCACUACGCAUCAUCCCGACAGACCCAGAUGCAAACUGCGACAACAAGCAGCGCGGAGAGUAUGUCAAUUUUGACUGCUCUUCUAUCGCGUUGCACAUCGGCAUGAAGCUGAUGUUGACUCGCAAUGUAAAUAAGGAAGGCGACCAUGUGAAUGGAAUGUUUUGCCAUUUGGAAGCUGUCGGCCGACAUGGCAUCAGGGUCAGAACGGCCACCAACAAGAUCGUUUUGGUGUGCCCACAGACUGAAACCCAGUUGCUCUCUGACGGCAGCGUAGCCAGGGCGACGUUCUACCCCUUGCGAUUGGGGUAUGCGACAACCUUGCACAAGCUGCAGGGUGCCACACUUGACUACAUGGCCCUGUGGUUGGAUCAGGAGGGCAUUCAGGGUGCGGGGUACGUGGCACUGAGCCGCGUCAGAAAGGACACGGACUGGUGUUUCCUCGGUCGGUUGAAGCCGACUCAUUUCUGCCCCUCAUGGGCGUGA